AUGGCAACACAAAGGCUGCUCACGUAUACGGUUAUACGAGUCAUCUUAAAUGAAGUAUAUGGAGAUAACAAUAAGUAUUCCAGCUCAGAAUACAAAUCAGAAGCAGAGCAAACAUGGACCUCUGAACAUCACAUGGGGGAUCGGUCUGGUAUUAACCGGGUACAGCCGAUCUCUUACAGUAUUUCAAUUAGUUGUUCGAGGUGUUGUGAAGUCACAUUCUUGAAGCAGACUUGCUUCACUCUCAUCUUCUAUAUAUAUUUCAAAAUAUUCAAAGAAAUUCCCAGAAUAGGCAACAAUGUGUUACCAAGAGUUUACUGGCGAUUGAUUCUAAUUUUUUUUCUGGAUAACACAAUAUUGUUAAUUAUAAACAGAUUGAAGAUGUUUUACCAGCACGUGGUUGUAAUUUUGUCUGUGUGUCUGUGCGUUGUUACAGCGGUACCUGUCGGUUUGUUGCCACCUAUACAGAACGCUGCCCCGGAUCCAGGUCGACUGGCGGGAGUAAUACCGAGUACGGACCCCUCCGGUGUCUACAGAUGGCUGCUCCAGCUCUUCACUCAGCGAUCCUUCAUUACGUGGCUGGGGCGGACCCGUGGUGUAAACUUUCAGCCUAUGGUGAGGCCUUUUAGCGGUGGCACCAGCGACCUUUCCCUAGGGGGUACCAGGGACCCUGCCCUAACAGCAAGGCCUGAAGACGGCGACCCUCGAGUGUCCGGGUUAAAUGUAGUCCGUGAUUACAUUCCUUCUGCCUCCCCUCCCCAGACCAGCACCGCCGCCCAACCAACCGUCCAGAGAGACUUCCAGGCAAAUGAUCUCAUAAUCCCCCAGACCGCGGAACCCAGCAAAGGGACGGGCAUACAGAUCCCCGUCUUGUCGCUGAAAGAAUCCGGGGGACUUAUGGGUGAUUCCCCCGCUCCCUCCCCCGCCACCUUACCGGGAGACCUGGUGAUCAUUAGAGACCACCUAAAGAAAAACACCACUGUGGAGUCAGGCUCUGUCACAACUAAGCAGUUUCAUUCCAGGCUGUCCGAGUCUUUAAAACCAAUGACAGAAGAAGUCAUUAGUACGGAGCAGAAAGAAACACACACAGGUGCACAAAAAACGACCUCCAACAACCCUGAAAACUUAAGGGUGGAGCGUGACCGGGAAUCACGUGAUCUGAGCCAAUCUACCGAUCAAGUCACCAUUCCCCUUAAUACGGAAAGUCAGGGCGUGUCAGUGGAUAAUAAUAGUGUCCCUGACCUUUCUAUUCAGAGAGAUCGUUCAGAGAGUACCGGCUCCAACACCCUCCCGCCAGAUCUUGUGGUUAUUAGGGACAGUGUAUCAGACGAGGAUAGCGGCCAUAUUGUCACUACUCGGGGAGUAACCGCGCCCGGGGUGGCCUUCUCGACACAACCGGUCGGGAAUGGCAUCAUAAUAUUACUGCCAAGCGGCGGGAAGAAAUCGACAUGAAACAGUUCUUGCAAUUUCAAUAGUUGACAAAGCAGCUUUAGACUGUAUAUGGAUUUUUCGGGGCGUUUGGUGAAAAACAGCAAAAUAAUGGCCGCUAGUGAGAUACUAAGGUGUUCAUUGAACAUAUGUACAUAUAUGGAUAUUUUCCUGAACAAUCACGUAAAAUUAAGACACAUAUUAUCUGUACCUAAAAUAUUUAUCUACAAGAGAACAGUUUCGUCAUGCGCCAGACUAUAUUUUGUUUCAUUUUUAAAUAUAUGUCUCAACUACAUGUAUUAGGUUAUCUUCAUAUUUAUCAGUUUCUUUUGAGUGUUUGUAGA